AGGUUUACAAACGAGGACCACCUGGCGGUUCAUAAACACAAGCAUGAGAUGACAUUGAAAUUCGGCCCUGCUCGGACUGACUCAGUCAUCAUCGCAGAUCAGACUCCGACCCCAACUAGGUUCUUGAAGAACUGCGAAGAAGUGGGACUCUUCAAUGAACUGGCCAGUUCCUUUGAGCACGAGUUCAAGAAAGCUGCGGAGGAUGAUGAGAAAAAGAAUGCCGGAGCCCUGGACAUGUCUCUGCCCUCCACCCCAGACAUCAAGAUAAAGGAGGAAGAACCGGUGGAGGUGGAUUCGUCGCCGCCGGACAGCCCUGCCUCUAACCCGCGGUCACCACAGAACAAGGAGAAGGAGAUCACCUCCAAGCCUGUUAUCAUUUCUACGCCUACUCCAACCAUCGUACGUCCCGGCUCGCUGCCGCUACACUUGGGUUACGACCCUCUCCACCCUACUCUGCCUUCCCCAACCUCUGUCAUUACCCAGGCUCCCCCUUCCAACAGGCAGCUUGGGUCUCCCACAGGUUCCCUUCCACUCGUCGUGCAGCUUGCGAACGGACAGACCAUGCCCGUCCUGCCAGGCCCUCCCGUGCAGAUGCCUUCUGUUAUAUCGCUGGCUCGGCCGAUGUCCAUGGUGCCGAACAUUCCCGGUAUUCCUGGGCCGCCCAUCAACAGCAGCGGGUCCAUCUCACCAUCAGGACUUCCAGUGCACUCUGAAGCCAAAAUGAGGCUGAAGGCCAGCUUGACAGCAUCUUCCUCACUGAACGGCAGCAACCUGAUGGUGGGCUCAGCCAGCACAAUGGUGACCGCACGUCCAGAGCAGAGUCAGAUACUUGUCCAGCACCCUGAUGCUCCUUCCCCAGCUCAACCACAGGCAAUCAACUGCACCAACUCCUGCCAGCUCACCGAAUGCCAGCCUUCCAUCACCAUCGCCACCUGCUCU